GAGGAUCCCAGUGAGGGCUGAGGGUGGAACCAGGCUUGGUUCCCAAUUUUCAGCUUCAGAGCAAGUUCUUGUUCAUCACAGCAAUGACUGCUUCCCUCCCACCCCCGGAGAAAGUGAAAUUGGUCAGUAUGUAACACAGUGCUUGAUUGUGUGUGCACAGGAGAGAGUGGCAAAAGCACGUUUAUCAAGCAGAUGAGAAUCAUUCAUGGAUCAGGUUACUCUGAUGAAGACAAAAGGGGCUUUACGAAACUGGUGUACCAGAAUAUAUUUACAGCGAUGCAGGCCAUGAUCAGAGCCAUGGAUACCCUCAAAAUCCCGUACAAGCAUGAACAUAACAAGGCUCAUGCACAGUUAGUUCGAGAAGUCGAUGUAGAGAAGGUGUCAACUUUUGAGAACCCUUAUGUAGAUGCAAUAAGAAGCUUAUGGAAUGACCCUGGAAUUCAGGAGUGUUAUGAUAGACGACGGGAGUAUCAGUUGUCAGAUUCAACUAAAUACUAUCUUAAUGACUUGGACCGCAUAGCAGAUUCCACCUACCUGCCAACUCAGCAAGAUGUGCUGAGAGUUCGAGUCCCAACGACAGGGAUCAUUGAAUAUCCAUUCGACUUACAAAGCGUCAUUUUCAGAAUGGUGGAUGUAGGAGGCCAACGAUCAGAAAGAAGAAAAUGGAUACAUUGCUUUGAAAACGUCACAUCUAUCAUGUUCCUAGUAGCUCUUAGUGAAUAUGAUCAAGUGCUUGUGGAGUCAGAUAAUGAGAAUCGAAUGGAAGAAAGCAAAGCACUCUUUAGGACAAUUAUCACAUAUCCAUGGUUCCAGAACUCUUCAGUCAUUCUGUUCUUAAAUAAAAAAGAUCUCUUAGAGGAGAAAAUUAUGUACUCCCAUCUAGUUGAUUAUUUUCCAGAGUAUGAUGGACCACAACGGGAUGCACAAGCGGCACGAGAGUUCAUCCUGAAGAUGUUUGUAGAUCUGAAUCCAGACAGUGACAAAAUUAUCUACUCCCACUUCACAUGCGCUACAGACACAGAGAAUAUCCGCUUCGUCUUUGCUGCUGUCAAGGACACAAUCCUACAGUUAAACCUGAAGGAGUACAACUUGGUCUAACUGUGUCUAGGAGGCCCUCCAAAACUACGCUUGUGUGAUUGAAGAUAUACAAGAGGGACUGUAUUAUCUGUGAAAACAAUUUGCAUAAUACUAAUUUAUUGCCGGCCUGGACUCUGUGAAUGUCCACAGAGUUUGUAGUUAAUAUUAUGAUUUUAUUUAAACUAUAUGGAGGGAAAAAAAAAGGAUGCUGAAAUACAUUCACAGCACAUUCCUCAUUUUUUAGGCAAAACCUUGUAACUCAAUGUGUUUUAAAUUCUCAGUCGUACAUUACAAAGGAUAGCAAGUUUUGCUAUUGAAGCAAAAUCAAGCUGGUUUCUUCUUUCCCUGACCGUUUCUCUCUCCCUCUUUCCUCUCCUUCUUGUCUUUUACGAGGUACAAUGGCCUUUUUUUUUUUUUCCCCCUGCAUUCCUGGCUGAAAUAUUUUCUGUUGAGUGAUUUGGUCAGGAAAAUACUAUCAUACGAAUUCAAAUCAUCAUUCAUUCUAAUUUUAUAGUAUGUACUUUCUCUGAAGGAUUAAAAGUAUUGAUACUGUGAUUUUUAAAUUCUUGACACAGGUGUCUUAAUUCUGUCUUCUCUUUUGAGACUAGAAUAUUUGGAUUGUGAAAUGGAAUUACAGUUGUCUAAGAUAUUAAAUUUAACCAUAUUUUCACAGUUCAUUAAGGUGCACAGAAGACAGUAAUGAAAUUAAGACACAACCUGGGAUGUAUAUGUGGAGUAUGUUAGAAUCUCUUUUUAUUUGCCAUGUGCCAUUUCUUUUUCUUCUUUGAUUCAAAAAUGCCAAAUAGAAAUGUCAUAGACACUACAUCUUCCCCAGUGGCUACAGCCUGAAACAGUGGGGUGGUUUGGUUUUGGUUUUUUUUUUCAGUUGUGUGGGGUUUUUUCCUUAAGUCAGAGCUUUUUUAAGUGUUCUUUUUCCACAAUAGAAAAAUUAUUUUUAUUAUAUAAGAUUAAUGUUGCCAAAUCUGGCUUUUUAUAAAAACAAUACUCUUGAAACAUAAGAUACGGAUUGAAAUGCCAAACUGAUGGGUUGGGAACUGACCUGAUUGAGUCAACUGCCAAAUGAUAAACAAACAUAGUUUCAGCUCUCAUGUUCCCUUUUUUAGAAAUUGUUCUAUUUUCUAAUGCCAAAACCAACAGUGUGAAUGAAUAUGCUACAAGGUGCCCCAUGCACACGCAUGUGGUCUACUAGUUUAAAGACAGUUCAAGUCCUUAUGUCAGAUAUGGCAUGAGUUUGUUUUCUGUAACAAUAUCAAGGCACCUUUAGUUGUAUAACAAGAAAUCAUUGAUGAGAAAUCAUGUUCAGGAACCUUUCUUGAUAAGGUUGCGUGUUAACUAACUGAUUUGCAGACAUUUGAUAGGCUUUCAUGCAAAAUAGCCUCUCUCAACAUUCUUUAGAAAAGAUUUAUUAAUGUAAAUGAAACAAAAUCAUUCUUGAAAUUUAAAUGUGCAAUUUUCUUAACAACAAAAAUGCAGCACACAGUGAUGAUCCUUUAUUCUGCAGCUUAGAUUGAAAGGUGUUUUUUGACCAGGUGCAUGAUUGCUAGCAAGCAAUAGAAAACUCAGAGCUCAGACAUAUAAUUGGGUUGAUUAUCUGCAAUGCCAAGUAGCACUAGAGUGCACUUAACACAGAAGUUGCUGCUCAUAGCAGCAGAUGGGAGGUGGAAAAAAGAAUGGCUUAUUAAUUAAUCACCAAAGUUGAACAAUAAAUACUAAUAAGACCUUUUUUAAUCCUUAAUCCUCCCAAAUCCAAAACAACAAUAAUAACAGUUGCUAUUUUUUGCUCCGUCUUAAAACACCUUGUAAUUUAAAACUGGUUGUAGGUAUAGUGCAAUUAUGAAUGCUAUAAUCAUUGUACAUACAUCUAUAUAUAUAUAUGGCAGCAUCCAUAUUGGCUUUGUAAUCAUUAAUUUUUGGCAAAUUGAAUGUGCUGUAUUGAUAUGUAUCUAUGUAAUUGUAUUGUAUGUCUUAUAGCUAAUUCACAUUUUAAAUAAUGUUAUUUUAUUUACUUUUUUAAGAGAGAAGAAUGUAAAUUUUGUCAGUUUAUUUCUGACUAGGGAUUUGUUGUUGUUUUUUAUUUACAAAACAAAAAAAAUUACUAUAGUACAGAGCGGUACUAGCAUCGUGCUGUAUAAAAUCAUUUGCACAUUCCUGAAUAGAAGUAAAUUUGAGACACCCAGUCAGAGGCCAUUCGCAUUCAGAAUAAUGCUUAAAUCUUGUCAGGGCUUUAUAUAGGUGUAGAAACCAGUCUUACUAGAAUUUAUGCUGUUGUGUCUAGGAUUGGAGCAUAAGCUUUAAAUACAAAUUUAAUUUAUAUUUGGCAGAUUCACAUUAGGUUACUUUUACUUUUCUAAUCAGCUUUAUUAGAAAAGUAAAUUUAGAGGCAUUUCAAAUCAUUGUACAUAAGUACUAAUGAGUGUAUGCUGUUACCCUAAAAUACCAUGAAAAAAUACAAAACAUCAUAUCAAUCAAACAGGCUUUUCAGAAACUGCGGAAAACUUAAAUACAACAACAACAUCCAAAAAGUCACUAUUGUUAAUGAUUUUAAGGAGUUAAAGCAUUUUAUUUAAUAAAGCUAAAGCAGGUAUAUCUAGGUUAUAAAAAGUGACACUGACAUUCUGAAUAGGGGAUCAGAGCAGUGACUCUUACAUACAGCAUAACAAAAUUGGUCCUAUUCUUGCUAUAAAUGCAAUAGAGUUUCUGUUCACACAGUUCCACUGUUGAUAAUACCCCUUCUUUUAACUUAGGAAUACAUUGCCCAUGUGGGAUUAGUGCUACAAAUGGAACUGUAGCAAAAAAAACCACCACACACACACACAAAAAACACCCAACCCAAACAAACAAAAAAACCCCAGACAGUGGUGUCUAACAAAGGUUUGGGUUUGUUUGGGGAUUUUUAGUUUGUUUUGUUUUGUUAUGGGAUAUUGGGUGAGGGAGAAGGAAACGUGGUUCUAAGUUUUGUAUAAAAACAAAACAGAAGUUUACUCAUGCUUUAUAGUUACAUUGUGAUUGCAAAAGUUUUCAAGAGUGUGUGCCACUGGGCUACUUAUGGUAUGUUUUAGAUAAGUCGAACUUGUAGCAAUGUUUAGAUCAUUUGAGCAUGUUCUGGAAGAAAAAAAAAAAAACACACAAAAAAUAGGCAAGCUUUACAUGAAUCACCUAACACAGCAUUGCAGUGUGACAGUUUACAAAGACAUUUACUUUUUAAAUGACGCAGCUGUUCCCACCUGCAGUGUAUUCAGUUGUAGUAGUGGUGCUGUUGUUUUAAUUGGUGGUUUCUACUAUGCCUUACAGUGCUUGAGUCCAGAAGUUUGUGCCUCUAAUAUGAAGCUAAGGCAGAAAUAUCAAGACAGAAACCCUUUUAACUUUGCCAAAAUUACGUGAUUUCUUUGAAUGUCAUAUAUGGGGGAGAAGGAAAACGUCUUGGGAACCUGUGUAUUCUAGAUGUUCACUAGCACAAGAAAGCUGUAAUACGUGUUUUACAGAAACCUUAAACUUGCCUUUUUCACAAAUUAACUGGCACUGUCCUUGCAUAUAUAGGAUGACGCAGCUAUAAGGGCAGUUUACUUUUUAUAAUUCAGACUCUUUUGAUUGUCAAGGUGUAUGGACUGUAGUUUUUAAUCAUAUUGCCACAUGAUUGUGAAUCACUUUUUAAAGUUUGAAGUGGAGAAGAGACUCUUUAUGCUGGAUAUCAGUCAGAACUGACUGCAUGAUUUGCAAAAACUCUAAAUGGGGAGAAAGGGCUGCAUAUGAAGACAUUGCUGGACUCCCAGCAUUUGUUUGUAAGGUUCAGAAGACUUUCAGAUUACUCAACCUCAUGACCCUUUCUUUGUUACACAUUCUUCACAGAAGAAUGAAAUAUUAGGAGAAAAUAAAGACAUGUUAACCCACAUGAAAAAAUAAAAUUUAGCCAAUUAAUUUAUUAUAUGUGCUGCUGUUCUUGGAGCUCUCUGCAUGGUUGUCCUGCAGACUAAUACAUUAGUGAACUAAUGAAGUGUGCACAGCAUAUUAACAAGGCCUAAAAGUGACCUACCUCUAGCUAAGAGACCAGGAGAGUAAAUAUGUUCUGGAGAGACCGUCAUAAGUUAGGAAAUUAAAAUGUCAUGUGUAGGUAAUUAACUAUGGCUUUUAGAAGUUCACACUUUUGUAAAUACAGUCCCUCUUCUGACAUAAACCAUAAAUUCUAAAAUUUAAAAUGCAUUAAACAUGUAAAGCCAUCUGUCCCUGUCCAGUUUGUGAGUUUAGUGGGGAUCUUGCAAAACCAUAUGUUUAGUUUUAAGAGGAGCUACUGAUAUUUCCUCUUUCUUGACUCUUGGUUACCCAUAACAUUUUGAGUUUCAUCAGUCAAACUAGAAACAUUUCUGUGUAGUCAACAAUACAUUGAGGGUCACUUUUUAGCUAGUUAAAGGGAUUUUAUUGUAAGUUUCACUUAAGCUUUUUCACAGUAGCCAUGCUGCAGGGAAUGGAGUAAAGGGAGAUUUUGAAGAUAGUGUGAAAAAUGGAAAGUCAGCCAGGUCAAUCUUUCUGUAAAUCUGUUGGUUUGGGUUUUUUCUCUCAAAAUAGUCUAAGGUGAAGUCUGUUGCUGGAUUCCUCAUUUACUGUGCUGCAGGAAAUCCUUAUUUGACCAAUUCCUUUUUUCUUCAGGGUGGAGUGUCAGAUAUGUUUUUAAACAGUAUUUAAAAAUAAAGAUCAUAUUUGCUGUUCUUAAAGUGUCAUUUAAAUGCAUGUAUUGUGUGGUGUUUGAGGGACAGAAAUAGGGGUUUUGACAAAAAAAACUAAUAUUGUACAGUUACUGCCCCUCAAAAAUGUUGCUGGUUAAAAAUACAAUAUUUUUGGCCAUAACUUCGUACUAUAGUAUCUUCAUUCUUUGAAGUUUAGCUUUUCCAAAAUAUUAUUUGGGCUUAUUGUUCUCCCAUAAUGCUGCUUUAUGAUAAAUGUUGGAUAGAUGUAUUAUUCCAUUAUUACUUUUUAAUUACACAUGCUCUGUCAUCAUUGUCUAAAUAUUAAAAUUUCCAGAAGAUUACAGCCAGAAUGUUCAAAAUAUGUAAGGUUUGUUACAGUGGAGACAGUAUUAAUAAAGGGGGGUUUUGAUUUGUUUACAAUGGAAACUUGGAAGCAUGAGGGGAAAGAAAUACUACUUGUAUCUCACUAAUAGAAAACUUUCAGAAUUUGUAGGUGGCAAGGUGAAUUUCUUGAGCAUUUUGGCUGUUUGCAGUAGUACUGCAGGAGCAACUUUUUUUGAUCUAUAUGUUCACCUAUGCCACGAUAGGAAUAAUGGAAAGAUGCCUGCAUGUUGCUUUUCAUGUCUUGUAUCUGAUCAGCAGUCAGUGGAUCUCAAAUCUUCAUUAUUGAAGAAAUAGAAUUUCAGGCCAGUUGCAAAAAUUAGUUUGUUCUUUGUUACGUGAUCGCAACAGUUUUAAGUAAGAUUGCUGAAGUCCAAACAGUUUGCCUAAGCAAGGACUUGAGUGAAUGGUUCCUGAUUUUUCUUUGCUGUUGCAGAGGGUAAAGGAGAAGGGUCAGUGGGGAAGGACUUAUUUUAUCUUUAUGUCUCAGUGAAGAUAAUGUCAACAAAAAUACAGUGUAAGUGGUGAUCUUUAGGUAUGUGAAAUAGAUGUAGAAAUUGUAUCUGUGUGAUAAAUUGUGUGUAGUUGUGAUAAAACCUUACAUCACAUACUGUGAUUGUAUCACCCGAUUGCCACCCGCUUUGUAGGAUACUGUCCCAAAACCCUGGGAGUUCCAGAGUACUUUUAGGCUGCCAUAAAUCACACAGUUGCCAGCUCCUCAGGAACACAUCUGUUGUCAGUACCUGGUAUCAAGGCAAGUAAUCUCCUUUUAUAUCUCAUUGCUACAAAAAGAACUAGCCUCAAAGACCUCCUCAGUUCUCAGUUUCCAGUUCUCAGCUGCACUGGGUUUUCCCUUUCAUUUAUGUCAGCCCUGCCACUUGUCCAGCCAAUAAACUGGGUGAAAAACCCCACUCAUUUUUGCUCUUGCUUGGCUCGUUUGGUCUAAUCUUAAGAAGUUUCAGGCAAUUCGGCUUGGUGUUAGGGGUGGAGAAGUACAAGAAUUGGGCUUUCAUCUCACAGAAAAACAAAUAAAUAGUUCUUGUUUGUUUCCAGUAAGAUCUUAAAAAGGAGGGAGGAGGGAUGGAGGAAAUGGUCUUCUUUUUUAGAUGCUUAAAAUGCCAUGUCACUGUGCAUGACAUUAAAGGUUUACUGUGUCCUUGUCCAAGGCACUCUUUCCUUCUCCAUUCACACUUGUCUUAUCACACUGAUUAAUUGCUUCCUGCCAUUGAAAGGAAAUAUUUUUACAGUACUGCUUUAUGUGUGUACACUCUGAAAUACUUUCUGAUCCUUGUGAAUUAAAUGUAAAUUGGUCUGCUAAAAUUGAACAAUUUAUGAAGUGUAAUACAGCUGAAGAAAGCUGCACUUUUUGCUUAAUCUUACUUCAUGUUCCUUCUGCGAUUUUGUUCUGACUGUUUUUCUGUAUCUUUCCUUUAUCCUGUUUGCCAUAAAGAGAAGGUUGUUUGACACAUCA